AUGCCUAGCCAUGGGGAAUGGCUGGCUUUGACUCAGAACCUUGUGCCGACGGAGCUGUCGGCGAGAGUGUUGCUUGCAGGGCAGGGGGAUGAUCUGCCCAAGCUGCCUUCGGCAGCUCGGUCCACGGCUGUGCUGGGUGCAGGGAAUAAGGGAAACGGCCUCUACAUGUCAGAGAAGGUGAUGGCAGGAGACUUCAUUAUGGAAUAUAUCGGUGCAUACUCCACGACCGGCGGGCCAUAUGCUGUGAAGCUUUCCAUUUGCGGCGAGGGAGUGGACAUUUUUCUCGACGCAGGCUCGCGCGGUGGACGGGCACGAUUCUUGAAUCACUCCUGCUCUCCGAAUGCCGUGCUGCGGGAAUCGUGGUGCAGCUGCAGUCGUGAUGGCGUGGCUGUAUGCAUGCCGUGCGUGCAGGUGAUUGCCACGCGGGCCAUCCUUGAGGGUGAGGAAAUCACGAUCAACUACAAGGAGCAGCCUUCGCUACUUGACGGGCUUCCGGGCACUGGUGUCUGCUUGUGUGGUGCUGCUAGCUGCAAGCCGCCGAAGCCGGAGAUAUGCACCAUGCCUUCAUGCAGUCACGGCUGUACGGAGGAUGUGUACUGGACUAGUAAAGUCCAGUGCUGGGUGGCCGUAUGCGAUGUAAAUACCGUGCACAAAUCGUUGUUUCUUCAUGGGUCCUGGGGCGGAUUCGGUUGCAAGCGCGGCUUUGCGAAGGCUGUUCUCAAGGACUACGUGGACAUGGCAGCUCAGGCACAGGAUUAUGGAGAUGCCGAGGUUGGGAGAGCGCCUACGGACCAGGUGCUGCAGGACCAGCAUCAGCCGGAGAUGGUUGCCUCGGGGCUGGAGGCACAUGGGACUCCAAAUGGAGCACUUCCUGAGCCAGGUAGGGAUGCCAAUCUGGGGACCUCGGCCGUGGUUUCCUCCCAUGUCACGCGGGAAGCCGGAGCAGGAGUCGUGGCUACACGGGUGAAGCAAGAGGCAGAAGAUCCAGGAGGAGCAGCAGGUGCUGUGGAGGCACCUAUGCAAGUUCGGGAUGCACACGAGCCGGAGGGUUCCACAGGUGCCACGGAUCUGCUUACGGUGCCGUGCUCGGCAUUCACUGGUUCUGUCGAGGCACCACAGGCAGCCAUGGAAUCCAGAGAAGGAGCAGCGGAGACACCAGCCGUGGGAUCUAGAGGUCCACUGGAGAUGCCUGCGAUGCAGAGCUCGGCACCCAUUGGUUCUGCCCAGGAAGAUGAGGAAGCACCUGCAGCAGUGGGAUCCGAAGGUGCCGCAGAGAUGCCUGGGAUGCCGAGCUCGGCACCCAUUGGUUCUGCCCAGGAAGAUGAGGAAGCACCUGCAGCAGUGGGAUCCGAAGGUGCCACAGAGAUGCCUGCGAUGCCUAGCUCGGCGCCCACUGGUUCUGUGCAGGAAGAUCCUGGAUCUGCGGCAGGACAACCAGCGACACAGGACAGCAAGGAUGCCUCUGGGUCAGAGCCGCAGCAGGGGCAAUCUCCCGAAGAACGGGCCAGGCUGCUUGAAGAGUGGCAAGGAAUCCUUAAUUCGCACGCGGAUGACCUCGCGCGAGAUGGUGUGUACUUGGAGCACAUCGACCUCAUGCUCUUCUGCGUGGUACAUCAGGUGGAGCUGCGCUUUGUGCUUUACACGGAACGACAUCUGCAGGCAGUCAGCACAGCAGAGUAUCUGCAGGGCCUUUGUGAAAAAAUGCCGCCGCUGCCAGACAUACCAAGGGGGCAGGCGCCGUGGCAUGUCAUUCUUACUAGAGCUGACUUCGAGGCAUGCGAUGACACUUCAAGGAUGAAUCAUUGGAUUCCAGCCUGGCCAGCCUCUGCAGAUGUGCUUGCAGCUGAGCAGAAGAGCUUGGAACAGGACGCCAAACGUCGUCGGUGCGAGCUUCUGCAGCGUCUGUCAGAUGCAGACGAGGAUGCGGUGACUGACUCGAUCAUGGAAGAGCUUGAGCUGCAGCAGCUGGAGCGGCGCAACUUCAAGCAGCUGGUGUCGAGGCUGCAUGCGAGCACGGGCUUGCUGGCUCGGGAAGUUGGAAGGGAGGGCAACUGCGGGAUCUGGGCAUUCUUGGGUCUUCGAGCCGGAAAUCCCUGGAUGUCAAGAACCAGCGACGAGCACACGCAUCUGGAAAUGAUGGAUGCCCGUGCUAUGUUAGCAGACCUUUGGAGGGAGGUGGCCAGCCACGUCCGGUCCGAUGACCCCGUCCAGGGAACAGCAGCGCGCUUGUGGGCCCAGCAUUUCUUCUUUCUGGUGCCGCGGGCCUUUGAGGAGGAUGCCGGAGAUGCGGAGCGUAGUGACGCUGAGGAUCUUCCCAACUCGGGUGGCCAAGCUCAGGUCCAGCUGAGGAAUGUCAAGCAGGAGCCCACGGAUCCCACGGCUCCAUCAUCUCCCAAGACUCCACCGGCGUCGAGGCAGGAUGCAGUGUAUGCGCAGCACACGCCACCCAAGCUGACAGCCACGGCCAGACGGAGCAUGAGAGCAGGUAUCCUAGCUGAAAGGCCUGACUCUGGGCCCAGCAUACCUUUGCAGGCCACCGUGUCCGCAUGCAAAACUGAAGCGAUAGUCAAGGCGGAGCCUGAGGAUAACGGUGGGCAUGAUGUGCCCGGCCGGAGCACAAAGCAGCCACUCAAGAGAGCGCGCAAGGAAUCCACGGAGGCCAGGGAUCUUCGUCGCCUGGCAGACAAGAAGCUGCAGGCCGCCCGUGUUCAUCUGGCUUCGUUGCAGGUGGCUGCCAAUUCCUGGAGCAGGGUGCAUGCACGGGGGCAGGUGCUGAAGGGCGCUAUGUCUUGCGCCAAUGGCGGUUGGAAAAGGUUGGUAGAGCAGCUGGUCGAUGGAUCCGUGCCAGGUGCUUGCAAGCUGUGCUCGGAGCUGUUGUCAUUAGCCAAUUUCUCCAUGGACGCACUGCAGCGUGCUGUGCGGCAAGCUACAGAUGACACCCCCCAUGCCUUGCAGGACACCAUCGAGCAGCAAAGCCAGCAAACCAAGACGGAGCCGGGUGAGAAGAUUCCGAAGCAGGAGCCGGGUGAAGUUUCCGUGAAGCGGGAGGUGCAGGAGGACAGUGAUGCGGUGGAUGGGGCAGCUCCUUCUGCGGGCGUGCAAGCGUGCCGUCGGGGGAAAACCGACUUCGAUGUCCGGGACCUGGUCCGACAGAACCCGCACCUGCAGCUUCUGCCCGAGAACACGCACAAGCGGCGGCACCCUGUCCAGUGCAACAUCUGUAUUCGUGCAUCAUCCAAGCAGCCAGCUGUCUUUGACUUGAUUGACAUCCGCAAGGAGAAGUUCUACCUGCAGCACGUGAAUGCCCCCACGCAUGUCCGCAACCUGGCCGCGCGCAAAGGUGGACAAGCACCCAGGGCCGCUGGUGGAUCUGGCGCCGAUGCCGAGGUUCCGCCCACGGUUGAGUGCCAGGGUCUGCGUCUCACAAAGGCAUUGCCGGCAUCCAAGAUCGUGGAGAUGCUGCCAGCCUUCGAGCUGUGGGUUUGCUACAAUACCCUGUCCAAUGCAGCGUGCUUGCAUGAGACUGAGGAUGGUGGGUCCAGCAUGCACCAGUACACGCAUGAUCUGACGUCGGGCACGUACGUGAUCCGGCACCGACUCUGCGAGAGGAGCAGUGGGAGUGUGGUGCAGGAGGGCAUGCCACCUGUGUGCUGCAAGUGUUACAGCUUGAGCAACGACCGCGGCAUCGUGCGCAUGAUAACCCGCUUCUACCUGAAGCACACGGCUGCCCAUCUGCUGCAAGCCAAGCUCUUUCGUGAGAGCCAGGUGGAGGCACUCCUCCAGGAGGUUCGCGGCAGCAGAAUGUAUCAGCAGGCCUGCGAGAAGGAGUUCGAUACGAUGUUCAAGCUAGACCUGAGAUCCCCCCAGCAGUAUGUGCGCACGCAGUACAUGAGCGUUCCCAAGAACAAGUGGAGCCGCUCCUUGCGAGACCUGAUCCAUGCGGUUGUUGAGCCGUGUUUGAGUGUCGCGGUCCACUCUUGGAGCUCCGCCAUCGCUUCCCGCGCCGAGACUUUGGCCGCCAAGUUGUCCUCGCGCACUCUUGCGAGCGUCGACGACCUGAACCUGAAGUUGGGGUCCCAGGUCGCGUGUGGGGCGCUGAACGAACACCCGGUGGUUCAAGGUGUGCUGAUUGCUGCGGUUGAGAUGUCCCUUCGCAAAACACGCGGCAGCACUACCAUGCGACAGCUGCAGGUAUCCGAUGUCGAGAAGGCAUUAAUGAUCGAGGCAGGUGUGUGCAUCAGCCUUGCCGCCAACAACAAUCACCUUCUCCGGGAGUUCGGACUUGCUUGGACAGCACCCAAACUACCGUUGUCUAACAUGCACGGCCACGGGCUGCCCGAUCCAUUCCUGGCUGUGGCUUCGCCAGAGGUGCUGCAAAAGAAUGCGCUGCUGAUCGACGGUCUCUUGCCUCCUCGGGGCCAUUGCCGCAGACUGACAAUGGCACUGGACAAAACUUACCUUCUCAAGGGUCUAGACAUAGUCCAGGUUCGCCAGGGACGUGGUUACGUAGGCACCUGCUUCCAGCUGUCCUCACUGUCCUCCAGGUCCUCGAGCAGUUCGGGUGCAGUAGGUUCCGAAGAGCAGCAGCAAGCAGCAGAUGCCUCGGGAUUCCUGCCGCUCGCAGCCUCUGCUGCGUCACAGGAGGCAAGCCAGGCAACUGAAGGGCAGCAGGCGUCGGAGCAAGCAGGCCAGGCAACCACAGUGCAUCCGAUGACGUACGAUGCCGCCAAUUUGCACUAUGCCAUGGAGAUGCUGGAAUGCCUCGUCUGGGAUCCGGCCGUGCCGCGCAUUCCAAGAUACAGCCUCUGCUGCGUGCCCAUGGGCUACAAGUGCACCGGCCGUGACAUGCUGGAGAUCAUCGGCAGGAUCAUGGAGAGCGCAGGCUCUCGCAUUCGCACGCUGGUCAUGGACAAUCAUUCCACGCACGGCCUCCUGAAAUCCUUCCUGAAAGGCUUCCCGGAAAACCUGACUGCUCGUGAGAUUGCCGCGCUGCCAUUUUGGCGGCACGUCACGUUUGAGGAUUUGCCUGAGUCACCAUUGCCCCGCUUCCCUUACCGACGUCCAAUGCUGCGAGGAGAGGCGCUGCUGGCCUUGAACGGGCCAAAGCACAUUGUCAAGAACCUGGUGUGCGGGCUACGGGGUGCAUGCCGAACCGUGCACGUGGGGCGAUACUUCACGGACUGGUGCGGAGGUCUUGACCUACAUCUCCCUCCAGGAGCUUUUCAAGGCUUCGAUGCCCAGUCAGACAUGGAAGCCUCGACCAUGCUCAACCCGUACCACCUCAUCCUGGAGCUCUGCAGCACUGUGGCCGAGGUCCAGAUACCGUGGAGUCUCACGGGGGCAUUACUCAUGGAUGUGCUGAUCACGCUGUGCACCACUGCGGUGCUGCAUCCGGACCUCACUCCUCUGCAGCGGCUCGAAAAUUCCCUCACAUCCUACGUGUUCUGUGACUUGUGUUGCAUAGAAGCUAACAUGCAGUGCCAGGACCAACGCAGGCCACGCGGCACCAUGUGGAUCCAUCCAGCCACUCAAACGAAUUUGCAGGAUCUCUGCGGCUUCGUUGCCAUAGCAACAACGUCUUUGGUUCCAGAUCUGGAUUGGGUACCAGCCCGAUCGACUGAGAUGGUGCUCGAGGAGUACUUUGGGUAUUGUCGGGGUCAGAUGUCUUCUUCAAAUCUUACUGUCCGCGAUUAUCUGCAUUGCAGCGCUCGCAAGAUGUACCACUAUCAGCAGCAGCAACUCCGGAGCCAGGCUGAUGCAAAAGUCUCCUCGGGCCCUGAACGGUCUGAUCGCUGGAGCGCUGUGACGCCGGAGCAGUUCAGUGCGACUGCCCAAGUGGCCUUGGAUGCGGCGUUGGCAUUGAUGAGUGCUUGCUGCGAUCGCCCGAAGGCGGCGCUUCUGAGGAGUUACGUUGGCUUCUGUGCCUCCACACACAUGUCUGAGGUGCCGCAGGUGCCAGCUCUGCAGGUGGGCGAGGAUGUUGCGGAUGGCUAUGAGAUCGAGCUGGACGUGGAUGACGGAGGCCCAGAUGCUGAGCCCCCACAUGAUCCGCAGGAGGUGCCGGAGGCUCACGACCUCCGUGACGGUGAUGCCGAGUGUUAUGCGCUCUUCGCCCAGCUGCGUGCAAGGGAGAUUGCAGAUGCUAGGCCGUGGUGCGCGGAGAGUGCUCCGCAAAUGGACAAUGCAGCAGCCUCUCGCUUGGGCUCUGGUACUGCUCCGCCGCCUUCCACCUUGGAUGCUGAUUGCUGGGCCACGCUCACCAAACCGGAGGACCCGGAGGAUGAAGAGGCAGCGGGCGAUUGUCACAUCAAUCAUACGAAGCACGUUCUGACUUUGUCCACAGCGCUGAAGCAAACCAGGCUUGGGAGCAUGGACCACGCAGACUUGGAUCAGUGCAGUGACCUCAAGGGCUGGUUGUGGGUCCUGCUGCGGAAUCUUCGUUCCCAGGCCGACAAGCCGCUGAUUCCGAACCUCAUGCGUGCCCGGAAGCAAGGCAAAAGGUUGAAUUGGCACCAGCAAUGUGAGCGCGAAGCAGCGCUGAUCAGGCAGUUGAUCGGGGCACCAGCAAAGAGAACAUCCAGAGCCGCAGCAUGGCGUGCCCUGGCUGCGUCGCUGAGGGAAGCCUGUGCUGACACUGAUGCCCGGGACAUUCAGGAGCUCUCCUCAGGCAUGAUAGUUCUUGCUAUGGCUCAGAAUUCGAAUGAGUGGAGGGUUGGCUUGACAUUGUCGGUCUGGCGAAGGACUGCACGUGGCUGUCGGUUGUCACACCUUUCCCUGCCCAUGGAGAAUGUUGCCUCCGCCCGCGUGGUGCUCAUGACUGUUGUCCCCGAUCGUCCCGAGGGAAGCUUUGAGGCUACAAACAGGUGCGAGACCGCCGUGCUUCCAGCUUUUCGGAUGCCAAUGACUUUGCAGUGCGAUGAGAUCUUGCGCGGCUUGGAUGGGGUCCGAUGCCGCUUGACUCCGAAAUCUUUAGAGGCAGUGCAGAGGGCCCACCUGCACACCCGGUGGCCGGAGAAACUCCCCAAAGGCACUGCAGCCAGAACGUCCGCAUCGCCAGGCCCAGUGAAAGCUCGCAAGGAACCACCCGUUGCCGAGAAGGAGAGUGCUGAGGAGGACCGCACGGAUCAGAAGGAUCAGAGCAGCAGCGCUCCUGCUGCAAGCGCGCCGCCAAAAGGCCCUGGCCCACUCAAGAAGAUCAAGCAAGCCUUGGUAAAGCAGCUGCACUUGAAAGCCAAGCCUGCCGGGAAGUCAGUGUCUGCUAUCCCUGCGAACUUUCAGCGCUCCAAAACCGGUGACAAGUUGAUCCGCCAAGAGCUUCAAAGGCUGCUCGAGCUGGACCACGAGAAACACCCCCAGCGUCCAGUGCUGAGUGAGGAUGGACGAGUUCGGCUGAAGAAUGCCACGACUGGCGCCAUCGAGCCGGACAUUCCAUGGACAGAGCUACUCGAGAGGGCACCCACGUUCUUUUCGAACCACUACCGCACCGUGCGAGGUCGAGAAGCCUACGGGAAUUCGCUCCACAAUCAUUUUGUGCGUGUUACCCGGCAGCUGAGCACACCUCCUUUUCAAAGAACCGAAUUCUUGCGGCUGCUGCACGACAUCCGAGAUGGCACUCUGGGUACAGUGGCAUCGGUGACCGAUGCCGGGGUUAAGUGA